AUGCGCAUCCUAGUUAAGCAAUUUGUGUUUGCCACCCUUGUAGCCGUGCCCGUUCUAGCACAUAUUGAGAUGCUCAGCCCCUGUCCUCGGUUCAGCGCUCACGGAAAAAACUGCCCUGCUCUUCCAUUUGGCCAAGAAGUAGACUACUCCCUGAUAAUUCCUCUCGGCGAGAGCCAACCUCUAUGCAAAUACACCACUCCAUACUCAACUCCUUCAGCUACAUGGACUGCAGGUCAGUCUAUCACCGUAAUUUUCCAACCCGGAGGUGUUGCUCAUAACGGCGGGCAUUGUCAGUUUUCCAUGUCCUACGAUGGUGGCAAGACAUUUGUUGUGAUUCAUGAAGAGUUAAAGUACUGCUUUGUUGGGAGUGCCUUGUCUGGUAACAGUAUGUUGAUUAGUAGUUAUGAUAUUAAGCUGCCUUCAGACCUGCCGGCCUCGGAUAAGGCAGUGUUUGCCUGGACUUGGGUUAAUGCGUCGGGUAACCGUGAAUUUUAUAUGAACUGCGCCGACGUGGCUAUCAAGAGCAGCUCAACAUCGUUUACUGGAAAGGAAAUGACUAUUGUGAAUCAUAAAGGGUACGAGACUAUUCCUGAAUUUGGUGGAAGCUACGACACGGGGCUUGAUAUCUAUAACAAGGCCAAGCAAAUUACAGUCACCAGCAGUGGUGUCUCCAAGGGAGCUUCAAAUAUCAACAAUGACCCAGAAAACAGCUCGUACGUUUCAAGUGAUGUUAGCACCAGUAAACCAACUAGCGCCAUUGUGAAUGCAAAAAGUAGCCUAGGUAGCAUUACCAUUUCUUCAGAUGGUAUCAUUAAGAAUGCCGCUAUCAAAGCAGGAAACAACAUUGUUGGCACCGCAACUGCAACCGCAAUCGCGAUCACCUCAAAAUAUUCCUGUAAUGAAAAGACUGCAUCAGCUUCAAAAUUUAGUAUGGAGAAAGAAAUAAUUCCGACUAAUGCCGCAACAACCUGCUCCUUGGGCGAGUUUAGGUGCGGAAGUGACACGGCAAGUUUUGACACUUGUGAUAACUCCAGACAAGUGUUAUAG